AUGAAGGACCCUGUUGGGAAAGCUUGUUCAUCUUUCGCUUCUCUGAAAAGCGCAAAGUCUAGAAUUGAAGGAGGAAACCCUGAAGGUUGGGGUCAACUUAUUGAUAUUCGUGAGAAGCAUGAUCGCUUUGGUCUGGGAUAUGUGCCUUCCGCUGCGAAAGGAGCCCGAGUCCCUGCAAAGGACAACACUCGAAGCAUCCAGGAAGUAUUCCUUAGCACAGGAUUCAUCCAUGGAGAUCAUGUCAAUGCAAUUGGAGAUGGAACCGAAAAUGAAGAUGAGCCAUGUUUGGUUUACCGGUGUGAGACAGCUUUGAACAACUGGAAGGCGGUUGAGAUCCCUGAAAUUUUCCUUUAUCAAACCAACACCUUCACUGUUUCAACAAUCUGGGCCCAUUUGAAUUUUGAGAAGCCAACCUUCAACUUAUUUAGUACAAAGUAUUUGUCAUCUAAAUAUUUUGUUUCUAAGACAAAUGGCUCAGCUGGAACGCAAAAAGAAUCAAAAACAGAUAAUGUCUCCGAAAGUGGCAGUGAUGUUGAAAUAAUGUCAAAUCCAGAAAGUGCAAACAUUUUAGAGAACAACAAAUCAACGGUGAAUGAAGUUUGGUUUUGUUGGGAAGUAGAAGAGGAAGUAGAAAUUAACAUUGCUGCUAUAAUCCCCGUCUCUAUGCAGAAUUCGCCUCGCAACAGUAGUGGUGGCUUCUCAAAUCAACAUAUAUCCACACACCAAUUCAAAGCUAUUCAACAAUACAGACUCAAUUUAUCACCAUGUAUGCCUCCACUUUCGCCAAGUCCAAGACUGUCUCAAAGGUUAUCUGGUUCCAAAAGUUCUUCUAAUAUUUUAGGGACCGUCUUAACAACUGCUGGUGAUCACGGCAGCGAGCCAACAAAUAUUGAUUCUUCUGCAGAACAAAGAGUAGACUCUGAAAAAGUUAAUGUGGCUGAUGUAUCUGCAUCAAGUGACAAUUUGCAAGAAAGUGAGAAAGUUGUACAAAACGAUGUUUCUGUGGUUUCUGAUAGCCCUACAGUAUUUAAACACCCUACCCAUUUGGUAACUCCAUCUGAGAUAUUCUCUAAAUCUGCUUUGUCUUCUACUAAUUCUAAUACCCCUCAAGGUAUGAAUGUUCAAGAUGUGGCUGCAUAUAGUGAUGCAGAAAAGUUUGAAGUAGAGGUUAAAGUAGUAGGCCAAGACGCACUUUUUCUUGUUCGACCAAAUGAUUCCCUCGCACGCCGAAACAAUGAUUCUGAAGCUAGCACUGUUGUUAACCCUUCUCAAGAUGAAAAUGUUCACACCAAAGUUCCUCAAGGGGCCGAUGAUGAAAAUGCCAUUGAGUUGGAGAGCUCGCCUAAAUUUAUAUCAUCAGUGAAGACAUUUUGUUUGCUCUUGGAACACUCUAUGUCAUUUGAAGGCUCUGUUGAGUUGCAUGUCACUUCUUCCAAAGCAUUGCUUAUAAUUGGAUCGCAUAUGCCAGAGGUGGUAGCAUCACAUUAUGCUCUCAAAGUUUCAUGGCUUAAGCAACUACUACUGAAUCAUGUAGAUUGGGACACUCGGGAAUCCAUUGCAUGUUUACUUGGAAUCGUGUCUUCUGCUCUUCCUCUGCCUGCAACAUCUGAUGUUAUUUCGGAAUUGACUUCAAUUUUCAGCCAAACACAUAAGCCUAGAUUUGAGACUCAGCACGGUGCGCUUUGUGCAAUAGGAUAUAUCACUGCAGAUUAUUUGUCUAGAGCACUUAUGCCAGAAAUUUUUCUCCGGAAAACACUUAGAUGCCUAGUUGAUGUGGUUAAUCCUGAAACUUCUGCUCUUGCUGCUGUUGCAAUGCAAGCAUUAGGUCAUAUUGGACUGCGUAUUUCUUUACCUCCACUUGAGGAUUCUAAUUCAGAUGGAAUUCUCAUACUUCUGUAUGAUAAAUUGAGUAAGUUUCUCUUGAGUGAUGAUGUUAAAGUAAUACAGAAGAUCGUCAUAUCCAUUGGGCAUAUAUGUGUAAAGAAAUUAUCAUCCUCUCAUAUAGAUAUGGCCUUAAAUUUGAUUUUAAGUCUUUGUCGAUCUGAGGCUGAGGAUAUUCUGUUUGCUGCUGGGGAGGCACUUUCUUUUUUGUGGGGUAGUGUUCCUGUUAGUGCUGACACAAUCCUCAGAACUAACUUCACUUCACUAUCGACUGCUUCAAAUUUUCUGAUGGGAGAUUUAAACUCUGCUGAGUCAAAGCAGUUCCCAAAUGGACAAAGUGAACAUAGUGAAGGAUACCAUGCUUCUGCAAGAGAUGCAAUUAUGAAAAAGCUUUUUGAUGAGCUUUUGUAUAGUAGCAGGAAAGAAGAGCGAUGUGCUGGAAUUGUCUGGCUAGUAUCACUUACAAAGUACUGCGGUAGUCAUCCUACUAUUCAGAAAAUGCUUCCAGAAAUUCAGGAGGCUUUCUCUCACCUUCUUGGUGAACAAAAUGAACUCACACAAGAGUUGGCUUCUCAAGGCAUGAGUAUUGUGUAUGACCUUGGUGAUGAAUCUGUGAAACAAAAUUUGGUGAAUGAACUUGUGAAUACGUUGACUGGGUCAGGCAAACGGAAAAGAGCAAUCAAGCUUGUUGAAGAUUCUGAAGUAUUUCAAGAUGGAUCUCUUGGUGAAACUGCUAGUGGAGGGAAACUGAACACUUAUAAGGAGUUAUGUAGCUUUGCAAAUGAGAUGGGACAGCCAGACUUGAUUUAUAAGUUUAUGGAUUUAGCAAAUCAUCAAGCUUCUUUGAAUUCUAAGAGAGCAGCUGCUUUUGGCUUCUCAAAAAUAGCAAAGCAAGCAGGGGAUGCUCUUAAGCCUCAUUUACGAUCUUUGAUUCCAAGGCUUGUACGCUACCAGUAUGAUCCUGAUAAAAAUAUACAGGAUGCAAUGGUACACAUAUGGAAGUCACUAGUGGCUGAUUCGAAGAAAACCAUUGAUGAACACUUAGAUCUCAUUAUUGAUGAUUUACUAGUUCAAUAUGGAUCUCGGCUUUGGCGGUCACGUGAAGCAUCAUGUCCUUCCCUUGAAGAUAUUAUUCAAGGACGAAAGUUUUAUGAGGUUGGAAAGCAUUUAAAAAGAUUAUGGCCGGGAGCAUUUCGUGCCAUGGACAACAUAAACGAAAAUACCGAAACUAUGAAUUCAAAGUUCAGUGAAGUGGCAAUGCAGGAGAUCACUAAGAUAGCAGCUAACUUGAUAAAUAAACCUCUCAGUUCUGUUUUUAAGGACCAUGGUGGUAGUGACAUUGACACUAGUAGCAGCAUUCCAAUCACAGUUCAUGAGGCAAUAGUUUGGAGGAAAAAGAUACACAGUGGACCUGCUGAUGCUUUCUAUUUUCACUGCAGUAAAAUAACUUGGUAA